AUGGAUCAGCUGUCAGACGAGGAGGUGGAGGUCAGGGAGGAUGAUGAAGAGGAGGACAGCGAUAAGGAGGACCAGGACCUGGACAAGAUGUUUGGAGCCUGGCUCGGGGAGCUGGACAAACUCACCCAGAGUCUGGAUGACGGCCGCCCGGAGGAGCCCCCCCAACAGAAAGCCCCCCUCAGACAGGAGACCAACAUGGCCAACUUCUCCUACAGAUUCUCCAUCUACAACAUCAACGAGGCGUUGAAUCAGGGCGAGAACGUGGACCUGGACGCUCUCAUGGCCGACCUGUGCUCCAUCGAACAGGAACUCAGCACCAUCAACACCAAACCCAACAGCAGCGGAGGCAUGGCUCGCCUCGGGCUGACCGACGCUAAGGUCCGUCAGAAGCCUCCAGCAGGGCGCAGCAGGGGUCAGCAGCCAGCAGGGGGCAGUAACAGUGUUAGUGGUGGGGGGGGCAGCAGCAGUAACAGUGUGAGUGGUGGGGGGGGCAGCAGCGGGGCGAGCAGCAACAGCAGCAGCACCAGAGCGUCGCCUGCAGGCACCAUCAGAGCCGCCGCCGGGCAUCAUGGGAGACCAGCGCUCGCCUCCAACUUCAGCCUGGACGACAUCACCGCCCAGCUGGAGAAGGUGUGUGUGAGAGUUUCACUCUGAUGCCCCUAAUUGUCUGUCAUUUGAUUUAAAAUGUUUGGUUUGAAUAUGUUUAACCGUGCAGAUGUUGCUCCCUGUUGUUGGGGACAUAUUUUCCAAGGUCCAUAACUGUGACCCAGUUUAUCAGUUUGUAAUGACCUCACUGAGCUCAGGCAUCUGUAGCCUUGGCUGCUGUGCUCUCAUUGUUUUUUCUCCCUGCUCCUGCCUGUUGGCGUCAGCUGAUAGAGGUGUUGUGGUUUUAUCUUGUUAUGCAGCAUGUUGAUUAUUCUCUCAGAACCAGCUAAAUACCUGGGUCUG